AUAGUGUAAGUGUUCCGGCGGGACAAAGUAUUGCUUCAGCACUUGCUCCAUUGCGUUAGCACGAACCGAUGCUUUAGCUUUGCGGUGGAAGCACCGCCGACGUUGUCUUCUCCGAGAGAGAUCGAGAGAGAGAGCUUGGAUUUCUCAGAUGGAGGUGUCGAUUCAACUCUCCGGUUGCGGGAUCGAUCCCUUCCGCUGCUUACCGUCGUCGUCGGCGGCCUUUCAGCAUCGGAGGACCUGCCAACAUCGACCGGUUCAUCUCAAAUCUGGGCUUCCCCGUUUCGGAGUCUUCGCCGUGGCUACGAAGCCUUCCUCUUCGUCUUCUACUCCUUCCAGUUCCGUCUCGCUCGGUUCAGUCAGUGGCGUCGCCUCGAAUAGGUUCGGCAACGUAUCGGAGGAGAUCAAAAAGGUGAGGAAGGAAAUGGAGGAGGACGAGCAAUUGGCCACUCUGAUGAGAGGACUCCGAGGUCAAAAUCUCACCGAUGUGCAGUUUGCUGACGAGAACAUCAGGCUUCAAUUAGUUGAGGUACCAGAUGUAACCAAUGGUGAAGCAUUGCCACUUGUGUAUGAUCCCGACAUUAUAUCGUCCUACUGGGGCAAGCGCCCUAGAGCAGUUGCCACACGCAUCGUGCAGCUUCUAUCUGUGGCCGGUGGUUUUCUGUCUCACAUAGCUUCAGAUUUGAUUAACAAGAAAAUCAAAGAGAAUGAGGUCGCUCGAGCUAUUGAAUUAAGAGAAAUAGUGACAUCUUUGGGCCCAGCUUAUAUAAAACUUGGGCAAGCUUUGAGUAUUCGACCAGAUAUAUUAUCUCCUGCUGCGAUGACUGAACUGCAAAAGCUAUGUGAUAAGGUUCCUUCAUUUCCUGAUGAUGUAGCAAUGGCACUAAUCGAAGAAGAACUUGGCCAGCCUUGGUAUAACAUCUACUCUGAACUGACUUCAUCUCCAAUUGCUGCUGCAUCAUUGGGGCAAGUAUACAAGGGCCGCUUGAAAGAAACUGGCGAUUUGGUGGCUGUCAAAGUACAAAGGCCUUUUGUUUUGGAAACUGUUACUGUAGAUCUCUUCAUUAUACGCAAAUUGGGAUUGUUUUUGCGAAGAUUUCCUCAGGUUUCUCUUGAUGUUGUUGGUUUGGUUGAUGAAUGGGCCGCUCGCUUCUUUGAAGAGCUUGAUUAUGUGAAUGAGGGAGAAAAUGGCACUCGCUUUGCUGAAAUGAUGAAAGAAGAUCUUCCUCAGGUGGUCAUACCAAAGACUCACCAUAAAUACACGUCGAGGAAGGUACUUACUACCCAAUGGAUAGAAGGAGAAAAACUAUCUCAAAGUACUGAGACUGAUGUUGGAGAACUGGUUAGUGUUGGAGUUAUUUGCUACCUAAAGCAGUUGCUUGAUACUGGCUUCUUUCAUGCUGAUCCUCAUCCUGGGAAUAUGAUUCGUACAUCAGAUGGGAAGUUGGCUAUACUUGACUUUGGCCUUGUGACAAGGUUGACUGAUGACCAGAAGUAUGGUAUAAUUGAAGCAAUAGCACAUCUGAUUCAUCGUGACUAUGAUGAAAUCGUCAAAGACUUCGUAAAGCUUGAUUUCAUUCCUGAGGGGGUCAAUUUGGAGCCAAUCUUGCCAGUGCUUGCCAAAGUUUUUGAUCAGGCCCUUGAAGGAGGGGGUGCAAAAAACUUUAACUUUCAGGAAUUUGCAUCAGAUUUGGCUCAAAUUACUUUUGAUUACCCUUUCAGAAUACCGCCAUAUUUUGCUCUAAUUAUUAGAGCAAUUGGAGUACUAGAAGGGAUUGCCCUGGUUGGAAAUCCUGAUUUUGCAAUUGUAGAUGAAGCAUAUCCAUAUCUAGCUCAGAGACUUUUAACAGAUGAGUCGCCAAGGUUAAAGAAGGCACUGCGAUAUAUGAUAUAUGGUAAACGUGGAGUCUUCAAUGCAGAGAGAUUCAUCGAUGUCAUGCAAGCCUUUGAGAAUUUCAUCAGCGCUGCAAAAAGUGGUGGUGGUGAGAACCUAAAUGGAAAUAUGGCAGGUCUUGGUUCUUUGCAGGAUCAAUCAGGUUUCCUUGUACCAAUAUUUCCAUCGGCUGUGUCUCAACCAGCACAGCCUGUCAAAACAAGGGCUUCUCUUAUAUUUUUGCUAUCCGAUAAAGGCAAUUUCUUCAGAGAGUUCAUUCUAGAUGAGGUUGUUAAAGCAAUUGAUGCAGUCUCCCGAGAGCAGUUGGUCCAGAUCGCUGCAACUCUAGGAAUUGGGAAUUCAGUCCCAAUCUUUAGUAUGAUUGCUAGAAGGCCUGUGGCGUUGCUGCCUACGAUCACAGAGGAGGACAGAGCCAUACUAGACAAUGUCGAAAAAGUCGGCAAGUUUUUGACAUCAGGAACUUCAAGGACAAAUCAGGAUCUUGAUAUUUCUUAUAUCCGAGAGCUUCUUCCUUUGCUACCAGGCAUUUCAGCUAAGAUUCUACCCGAAGUGCUCAACAGGUUAACCUCUCGUGUGUUAGCAAGAUUAAUUCAGGAAACAUUUUUGUAGUUUUAACAAUGGAUAGAAUAUCUCUCCAUAGAAUUUAUAAGUUAAAUAUUUGAUCAUUCGUUAUAUAUAUAUAAAAGAUAUUUUUUUCGCA